AUGUACCCCUGGCUGGCUGUAGCAACAUCCUUAGUUUCCGCUUCUCUCCCAACUUUUGAAGCUCGUUCGGUUACUAACACACGAGAAAGCUCGUCGUCGAUGGGAGCUACUGCAGAACAUUGACGUCGUGAACAACUUGUUUGAAAAAGUAGGUCUUCUUUUGCGUUGAAACGCUGCAGUUUGUGGGCGAAUCUCAGAUUCGCAGUCCUUAUGCUGUGGCGAUGACGUCUUCGCAUUCCUUCCUCCCGUUGCACCAUGAUGAUGGCGUACUGGCGGCGCCGCAUCACCAUGUUCCUACUACGGAUGAUAGCGUAGUACCGCCAAAUGAUCCGGAGCAGCAGCAGCAGCAGCAACGGUCCAAUCAAAACCCGCUCUCCCAGCUCAACUUGAGCCACCACCUCCUAGUCGCCUUUAAGGCGACUCAACAGCGGCUCAAGAGCCUGACUCACAAUCCGCCGCUCUCAGGCUCCCAGUGGGAGCGUCACCACUACUACGUCGGGACGGUUCUCGUCGCCGCCGUUCUCUGCAGCAUCGCGUACGUCGUGGUCUACUCGCUCUGCUCGACCGCGGCAUUCGCUCCUCAACCUUCGUGGUUUCUACGCCCUUCAGGGCAUCCAGAGUCGUCAGAUUCGGUGAUUCAACGAACCGCAGGUGCCUCUACAACUCCGAGCUUGCUGACGUCAUCCGGGUCCCCUACUGCUGAAGACACGUGUUCCGCUCCCAUUGGCGUCAAGCUCCCUCCGUCCCCAUCAUCAACAGCCGGCGAGCCUGUUACUGUAGCACCGGAAUGGAUCCCACGACCGGAUCGGUUUCUCAUGCUUUCAUGCACCAACGGCCAGACCACCAACCGCCUUUUAUGCCUUCAGACCACCGUCUUGGCUGCGAUUCUUCUGAACCGCACGCUGCUCAUCCCGGAGGUUCCCCUCUGCAUCCCUCGCUCGUCCGGAAAACCGGUAGUCUACUCUGAUGUCCUAGACAUUGGCCACAUGUCCAAGUGCUUCGGUGACGAACCAAAUCCUGGGCAGCCAGGUCCGGGAGCAGGCUCGGGAGGAGGCUCGGUGGAAGGAGUCCAGCCGCCACCUCGCAGAGUCAUGACGACAGCAGAUCUUUUCAAGUCAAAAAAGAUUGGGCUUGGCAGUACAUUAGUAGUUGAUAAAUUCCUCUGCGGGCAGGUGCAAUACGGUUGUACCCUGCUUGAGAACAGCUGCGGCGACCUUCCUCCACAGAUAAAGAUUUCGAAUAAGGAGGUUGUGAAGGAGGAGUUCGGCAGUUUCUAUGACCUGGCUUCUAAGAUCGCAGCAGCAACAGCUUCUGUUCAUGUCCUCGCUAUUGGCGACCUCUUUUUCGCAUUCUUCAAGAUCGGAAAUCCCGGUUCAGAAUUCUUCUGGCCAAGCCGAUUCUUCAAUACCCAUUGCCAGCUGCUUUUUCGGCCUACCCAGCCGGUGCUUAACCAAGCAGCCUUUUUUAUUGAAGAGUACCUUGGAAGAAGCUAUGCUUCUAUACACCUACGUCGGACGGAUUUUCUUGACCAGAGCCAUCGUGGCAUGGGUGUACAGUACUGGUCAUUACAGGAUGUGGCGGAUUGCACUGCAGCAAAAAUGUUGCAGGUAAAUGUGACCAAUAUUUUCGUGUCCUCAGAUGCUUCUGAUGAGGAAGUGGCGGUGUUCAAGGAGCAGCUAGAGGCACAAGCAGCACUGGCAAGAGCAGGGGGGAAGGCGUGGUCAGUUGCGGUUAUCCGAUUGCCUAAGAAGCCCGAUCAGCCGCCAGUUGAGCGAGCUAUGGUGGAUAAGUUAGUGGCGGCACAUGCGAUGGUUACGCUGUUCACUCAUAGGUCUACUUUUUCACAUCACAUUGGGUAUUUUAGGGAGAGUCUGGGCCUUUCAUCGUGUCAUGAUGGGUAUAUAUGCCAGGGUAGGCCCAGGGCAGCUACGGAGAUCAAAUGGCCCGAAUGAUUACAAUUUCAAUGAUUGUUCAAUAAUGUAUUGAACUGCCU